AUGGGGAUAUGCGUGGCAAUGGUGAGCGAUUUCUACCUGCCUAGCGUUGGCGGUAUUGAGCUGCACAUCCACCACCUUUCAAUCGCCCUUAUACGCCGUGGAGUGAGAGUUAUUAUUAUUACGCAUCAGUAUCCAGGCAGCACUGGCGUUACAGUUGCUCACUCAGGCUUGUCCAUCUAUUACCUCCCAAUACCGAUGCUCCCAACGACGAAUGCAACGCUGCCCACUUUCUUCACGGCGCACAAGAUGCUCAGGGAUAUUAUCAUUUCCCAGCGUGUCGAUAUUGUACACUCUCACGGCGCUUUGUCCAGUUUGGGCCACGAGGCUCUCAUGCACGCGAGAUGGAUCGACGGUGUGCGCACGGUGUUCACGGAUCAUUCCCUGUUCGGAUUCAAGGAUGUUGUUGGGAUACUCACAAACAAAUUGCUCAGAUUUGUUCUUUGUGAUGUUGAUGCCGUUAUCUGUGUCAGUAUGUCUGGGCGCGAUAACACUAUGUUGAGGGGGCAGCUAGAUCAGAACAUCAUGCACGUCAUACCGAAUGCUAUCAUCAGUGACCAUUUCGUUCCUCGCUUGCACUCCACCAGCAAACACACAAUCACUAUCGUCACGAUAUCACGCCUCUUUUACCGAAAAGGUGUCGACCUGCUCAUCGCGGCGGCUCCCAUCAUCUGCGCUCGUUAUGCUCAUGUACACUUUAUUGUCGGUGGAGACGGUCCACUGAUGGCAGAGCUCGAACGUAUGGUUGAAAGACACGGCUUGCAAGACCGCGUGGAGAUACUGGGCAAUGUUCCACCGAGUUGCGUAUCGGAAGUUAUGCGCAGGGGCGACAUAUACCUCAACACCAGUCUUACAGAGAGCUUCGGUAUCGUCCUUUUAGAAGCUGCGUCGACGGGCCUCUAUGUCGUCAGUACCAAGGUGGGUGGUAUCCCCGAAGUGCUACCGCCCCAUAUGGUGGAGUAUGCCGACGACGUGAGCGAUGUGAGUGUAGUGGAUGCUAUAGAAAGGGCACUGUCUACACUAAAAUGGCAGGCUGUACAUGAAGGAAAUGCACGCAAAAAAGACAAUCACCUCACAGUGCGCAGGAUGUACAGUUGGGAUAAAGUGGCCCAGUUGACUCAAGAUAUAUACACAAACAUACUCAGCAAUCAAACCCAACUGAGUACAUACCAGAGAGUUGAGAAGGCAUUAAAGACAGGAUGUAUAGGAGGAGUAAUCUAUGCAAUUGUGAUGCUAGUGGAUGCUAUUAUUGCAAUUUUGCUCAAUUUGUUCGAGUAA